AUGGAUAGUCUCUGUUUCGUCCAUGGUUUCGCUGGCGGGCGGCAUAAAUCAUGGGAAAAGGACGAUAUCUUCUGGCCUGGGGACUUCUUGGCUGAAGACCUCCACAACAACGCCCGCAUCCUAUCCUGGGGGUACGACGGAUACAAUUCAGGGAGUGUUGAGAGUGAUGCAAUGUCUCUUGCACAGCUGAAAGAGCAAAAUUCCGCAAGAAACCUCUUGAGGAGCAUCUUCGGUGUAGCUUUCAUGGGCACGCCCUUCUUGAACGAAGAUCAAGAGUUGCAGAAUUGGUUGCGGCACUGUGAGCAAGCAUACAAUACGAAACUUAAGGUCAUGUAUUUCUGCGAAAUUGGGGAGUUAGAUGAUAGGCAGACCGUAGCAAGCACUCGUACACCGCACGGCAUCCCGAACAUUCUUUUGGAGGCAGAACAUCGGGAUACGUGCAAGUAUUCGUCCAGAGUGGACGAGAAUUAUCAGAAAGUGCUCAAGGUUUUGAGAGAAUGGGUUGAGGAAAUCAGAGCUACUGGUCAUGAUUCGUCUGUAAGUUGA